GGGGGGGGGGGGGGGGGUCUUGUUUGAAUUGGCGGGGAAGAAGAGACGAGAGCAUUCAAAGAUGGCGGCAGCGACAAGGGAAGGGAGCGCAACGCGGAAGACAAGAAGGGACGGGCUUGGGUAUCUUUUGCGAAACGGGAUGGAGAGGGAGAAGAGUGCCGCGCAGAGGGGAAACUCACUCAGCUCAGCUCCAGUCUCCAAGCUCAGCGCUCCGACUCCAACAAGCAGAGGGCGCACGCGGCUAGCUUCCUCCACGGGGAACGACAACUUUUCACAAAAAGCCACAACCCCUCAUUCUCAUGCAUCAUAUCCCCCCUCUACCCCAUCCCCAGAUCGUGUGGAGAUAUCACGAGAUGAGCCCAAGGAACUGGGCCUUGGUAAGAAAUCCGCUGGUCUGUCAAUGGGGGCAGAUGCGAUGCAGGAUCCAAUGCCACUGGGGAAAUGCGAACGGGUCAAGCGGGGUGGGUUACCUCGACAUGUGCUCACGAGGAAGUUGAAGAAAUCCGACGGGCGAGCGCAUCCUUCCACGCGAGAAGCCGGGAGGGAUACAUAGCAGGACAAGAUUCGGGGCGAAGGCACCGAGUUGCGGUCGGUAAUGAUUCGACACUGGCGAGCAAUGUCGGCCGUGGUCAGCGAGCACAAGUGGAGGGGUGGGGAG